GUCGCGAAAAGCGCAUUUCGAGGGUUUUUGGUGCUGGCGAUCUAGCUGGAAGCGCGCAAUCUCGCGCAGCUGGGAGCGCGCGGGCAAUCGAUCGACUCAGGGAGGCCGGAUUUCGCGAGCGGUAGGGUUUUGGCAGAGUAGGAGUUGUAGGGCAGAAAGAAAGAGGAAGGAGGAAGCCGCCUUAGGGUUUUUGCAAAGGAAUUGGUGCGCAGGAAGGUAGAAUGGUGAGGACAGCAUGCUGGAUUUCUCCCUGGAAAUUGGAGGGCCGGCAUGGAAGUGGUCAGUGAUCAGGAUGUGGAGGCGUCGUCUGUGCAAGCGAUGGUAUGCCGGAUACUUCCUGUGCCACAGGAAAGUUUUGGUGCAUGAAUGAAUGAAUGAGAGGAAUGGCUGCUUCUUCCAACACGCCUUCCAGCGCUGGAGGAGGGGGAGGAGGAGGAGGAGGACGUACGCACUUCAAGACACCCGAGGGACGCUACAAAUUGUCGAGAGAAAAGAGCCAUCCUUCCGGCCUCCUCCACUACAGUCAUGGGAAAACUGUCACUCAGCUUACUUUGGCUCAUCUCAAGGAUAAGCCGGCACAGUCGAAUUCAUCGACGAGUAACAGCUCGGGAAGUGGUGGUGGUGGGAUGAGGUUUCCAGCUGCGGUUAGGCUCCUAGGUGCAGGGAAUGGCAGUAGAGCUCUCGGUUUUGUAGGUGGCAACGGGUUUGCGAGCAAGUUUAGUGGAGGCGGGAAAACUGCAGCUACAGGAGCCGCGAGUGUGUCCGUGAGCAAUGGACCGAUUGUUUCCAAUUUUGAUGGAGAAGGCACAUACGUUAUAUUCAACGUUGGUGAUGCGAUAUUUAUCAGCGCGUAUGAUACGCAGGACAAGGACCCAAUCAAGAGUAUCCAUUUCAACAGUUCCAAUCCUCUUUGCCAUGCUUUUGACUCUGAAGCCAAGGAUGGGCACGAUCUGCUAAUUGGCCUUAGCUCCGGAGAUGUGUAUUCCACGUCGCUAAGGCAACAAUUGCAGGAUCCAGGGAAGAAGUUGGUAGGUGCUAUGCAUUAUAAUAAGGAUGGCGUUUUAAAUAAUAGCCGAUGCACGGCGGUUGCUUGGAUUCCGCACAGUGAAGGAUUGUUUGUAGUGGCCCAUGCUGAUGGCAAUCUAUAUGUCUACGACAAGACGAAAGAUGGUAGUGGCGAUGUGUCGUUCUCCCCUGUCAAAGAUCCAGCGCAGUUUUCUGUCUCUCAUGCGAGAUCAAGUAAGAGCAACCCCAUUGCGAGAUGGCAUGUAUGUCAGGGAGCUAUCAACAGCCUUGCUUUCUCUUGUGAUGGAACGUUUUUAGCUACUGUCGGAAGGGAUGGCUACUUGAGAAUAUUUGAUUACGCCAAGGAGCAAGUAGCCUGCGGUGGGAAGAGCUACUUUGGUGCGCUGCUAUGCUGUGCCUGGAGCUCGGAUGGGAAGUACGUGUUGGCUGGUGGAGAGGAUGAUUUAGUCCAAGUCUGGAGCAUGGAAGACCGGGCGGUUGUUGCCUGGGGAGAGGGUCACAAUUCUUGGGUAAGUCAAGUCGCGUUUGACCCAUACUGGACGCCGCCGGCGGACGACGGUGGCACGACAACAUAUCGCUUCGGUUCCGUUGGCCAGGACACGCAAUUACUGCUGUGGGACCUGGCAAUGGACGAGGUGGUGAUGCCAUUCCGGAAGCUAGCAGCCCCCGGCUCAUCACCGGGGGGCCUGGCCGGUUCACAGACGUCGGCCGCGCAGUACCACGAUCCAACCGGUCUCCAGCCGGCCCCGCUGAGAAAGGAGGUACCAAAGCUCGCUCCCAUCAUGGCGCACAAGCUCCAUCCGGAGCCACUGUCGGGGCUGGUGUUCACGCAAGAGUCGGUGCUCACGGCUUGCCACGAGGGGCACAUCACGAUCUGGGACAGGCCGGAGCAGCACGAGCAGGAUGUGUCCCCCUGUAGCAACUCGGCCGACAGUGGUGCCGCUGCUACCAUUGGGAGCCUUAAGGAGAGGCAACAGAUCCUGUCGGCAUCGUCUCCGUCGUCACAGCAGUCCCUGCUACAACAACACCAUCACCACCAUCAUCACCACCACCAUCAACAACUGUCGAAUAAGAACACGGCUUCGGUGUAUAAACAAUGAUACCUUCUCUUUUUUUUUUCUUCCUCCACUCUCUUCUUGUCUGGAAAAUAAUCCUCUUUGGCAUUUGUAAAGAAAAAGGGAAAAGCUCUUAUUGUUGUCGUC